AUGAGCUUAAAGGGAGUUGGGAGAAGCUUGACAAGAGCACCUCAGACUAUAAAGCAGCGAUUCAAUAUUGGUGACUCCACAAAAGAUGCGGUCUACAUCGAUGCAGAGAGAAGAUUCGAGGAGCUGGAGAAGGAGACGAAGAAGCUUCAUUCGGAGUCAAAAAAGUAUUUCGAAGCGAUCAAUGGCAUGUUAAACCACCAGAUCGAAUUCUCCAAGGCGGUACAGGAGAUCUAUAAGCCCAUUUCCGGAAGGGUAUCAGACCCCAACUCGAUAAUACCAGAAGGCAAUCCUGAGGGCAUUCGAGCUUGUGAAGAGUACGAAGCUAUCGUCCGAGAUCUUCUUGCAACCCUCCAGCCCGAACUUGAAAUGAUUGAAAGUCGUGUGAUCGAACCUGCUCAGCAAUUACUGGAAGUGAUCAAGGUAAUCCAGAAAGUCGCAGUGAAAAGACAGCAUAAGCAGUUGGAUUAUGACAGACACCGCGCCACGUUGAAAAAGCUGCAAGAUAAGAAGGAUAAGACGCUAAAGGACGAAAAGGCUGUCUUCAAGGCAGAAAAUGAUGUGGAGCAAGCGACCCAGGACUUCAAUUAUUUUAAUGAUCUUCUCAAAGAUGAGUUACCCAAGCUCUUCGCGCUCGAAGCGGAAUUCAUCCGACCUCUUUUCCAGUCGUUCUAUUAUAUGCAGCUCAACGUCUUCUAUACGCUACACGAGAGAAUGCAGGAUAUAAAUAUUGGCUACUUCGAUCUUACGCUAGACAUCGAGGAAGCGUUUGAGGCCAAGCGUGGAACAAUCAGGGAACAGACCGAAGCCUUGGGCAUUGUGCGCUUCAAGACGACCGGAGGCAUCAAAGGGCCGAGGGGGAGCAAAUAUGGCAGAAAACCACAACUAGCACUCGAAGACCGGAAAAACAAACCACUCGCCAUUACAGACGGCUCCGAAACCUUGCCACCACCAUAUUCAGCCAGCCCAUCGAAAUCCACAACCACACCACCAUUGAUGGGCCACUCACCAUCCAUAGGCAAGUCCCCAUCACUCGGCCACUCGCCAUCAAUAGGCCACUCGCCCUCAAUAGGCCGCUCGUCCUCCGUCGGCCAUAACGCCAUGUCUGCAGCAAUUGCCGCCAAAGGCAAACCACCGCCUCCGAAACCCAAACCGUCAAGAUUAUCGGGCGUGCCAAACGCGGAAACAGUGACGGCACUGUAUGACUAUGAAGCACAAGCAGAGGGCGACCUGAGCUUCUCGGCUGGAGAGGUAAUCGAGAUUGUCACGCGCACGGCUAAUGAGAAUGAAUGGUGGAUCGGCAAGAUCAACGGCAGGCAAGGCCAGUUUCCUGGAAAUUAUGUCAAGCUGAAUUAG